AGGGGUAACUGGAAGGUACCUUGGAUUUGCUCGCCAGAAAUUAUAAAUAGACCCCUUUCCCCCAUCCUCGGUUCUUUCCCCUAACAAAGUCAACUCUCACAUCUCUCAAAAUGGGUUUCUUCGACAUCUUCAGCGGCCACAACGACGAAUACCAGCAGCUCAACCCCCAGGAUGAGGGCCACAAGGCCAAGUUCUCCCACGAGCUGAUCGCCGGCGCUGCCUCGUUUGAGGCGGCCAAGGCCUACGAGAAGCACGUUGCAGCCAACGGCAAGCCUGCCAGCCACGCCGAAGCCAAGGAGAUCUUUGCCGGUCUCGCCGGUGCCUUCGUCGACCGUGAAGUUGAAACCAAGGGUUUGGAUUUUGUGGACAAGGAGAGGGCUAAGCGCCAGGCUGAGGAGAACUUUACCGAGGAGGCUUACAACUCUUACUAGAGUCUGUGAUGCAUGUGGUUAUGCUGUAUAGAUAGCUCUGCAGCGUAGAUUGAAAUACCUUUGGAUAUAAAUGUCUAUACUGUCCCACCUUGUUGCACAAUAUCCCUGGUACCGUGUGCAUAUCACCGUACAUAACAACAAGCCAUCUGACUUAGCAACAAUAGCAGUCUAUUAUUUUAUACUGAGAAAUAACAAUAAAGAAUAAUAAGAGAGAUU